CGCGGCCCGCAGCAGCCCCAUUUGCAGCAUGGGGCAGCUGUAUCGGCAAAUGACGCGACGGGACUGCGUUUCUCUUACCUCAGCGCAUUCGCGCGUGGCUCCCCGGUCGACACGCACGACGUGAGACGCCCCUGUCCUUGUGGAACGCGCCUUAGGCCCGAACACGUUCUCGGCCGAGAUUGUCAUCGACUCACUCACGGUCACAAUCGCGGCGUCACGAGACCAGGCAUACUUUCCCAGUCACUACGACCGUAUCGAAAGCGCCUGGUAUCAUCACUGACCGCGCUCGGCCUCCUGACGAAAACGCGUAUAAAAAAUGUAGGCGUCUACCGCCCAUAACUUUGCGCCAUCCGAUCCGUUUGUUAUCAACCCUGGGUCAAACCCAGCUUACUAAGGUCCCUCUAAAGCA